AUGGGGGGGCGCGGAGGGGACGCCGGAAGUGGCGGUGGUACGGGUCGGCCGGAGGGGUGCUCUCCGCCCGCAGCCUCCACCCGCGCGGCAGCGGCGGCGGCGGCGGCCAGAGCCAAGGCCCGCGGGGGUGGGCGUGGCGGUCGUCGGAACCCAGCUCCGUCUGUUCGCUGUCGGCGCGGGGCGGCGCCGCGUCGCUCGCCUUCACCAGCUGCCAUGAGCGAGCGCCUCCGCCCCAGGAAAAGGAGAAGAAAUGAUGAUGAUAGCCAUCUCCCACCCCAGACCAAAAGGAGCAGUAGGAAUCCCAUCUUCCAGGACUCCUGGGACACAGAGUCUUCGAGCAGUGACAGUGGUGGGAGCAGCAACAGCAGCAUCAACAGCCCGGACAGGGCCAGUGGACCAGAGAGCAGCUUGAACCAGCUCAUCCCCGGAUCCUGCCCCAGCACCCCCCAGCCGGUGCCCGAGCAGUCUGCACUGUGCCAAGGCCCUUACUUCCAUAUCAAUCAGACCCUGAAGGAGGCCCACUUCCACAGCCUACAGCACCGAGGUCGGCCUCUGACAUGAUGCUCCGGCAGUUUCUUGCCUUCUGUGAAGGGACAGCACUGUGCAGAUUGGAUAUUUCAACUUAAUGAUUUGUUUUUAAAAGUUGCACACAGAAAAAAAAAUGCCUGUUGGCUUUCAGUCUAUAUUUGAGUAUUGGGUCAUCAGGCACCUGUUUACCUGGGGUUUUGCUGCACUAUUGUGAUUUCAGAGGGGCUUGGGAGCAAUUUUUUAUAGGAUUCUUUUGAGAGAGGGCAUCAAGUCCAUGUCAUGGCAGUGUCUGAGGACAUCUCUGAUUUCCACAUCUGUCAUUUAGACUUGUACUGUAUAUAAGAGUCUCUUAAAAUGUGGGAUCUUCAAUUUUUUAACUCAAUAAACUAGUAAAGACUAUCUAGUUUCCAUGAAAAACAAAAUCAUAAGUUUUCUCCCCAAAUAUAGGAAGCUUGACUCAGUCUUGCACUGAUGUUAACUGCCAUACUACCUCUUAGCAUGUAGAUGUCCGUGAAAGUGCUCCCUGGAGUGCAACGGUCACCCACUCUGAGGACCUUGAGGCCAAGCACCUACCCUAGUUGUGGUCUGUUACACAUUUGUAUUUCCAGGGAGAAUGUCACUUCCGUAUCUGUUUUCUUCCCUCAGACGCUACAGAGAACACUGCAGUUCUCUAAGAAUUAUCUAGUAACUAUCUUACAAACUUGCGUAUUAACAGCUUAACCGCUAACCCUUGCAGUGCCCAUAACCAAGGCAGUGGUCAGUGCUGACGAAGCACUAGUGCCCCAGAGCUGAAGGGUGAGGACUUAACUCAUGCACCCCUGCCCUGCUACAUUCUGUCGUCAGAAUCAGAAAGACGGAUGGUGUAGGAACACAACAGAGGCACCUCCAGUGAAAAUGGUGCAUUAGUAUUUAAUAAUAGAGCCGGGGCAUUAUUUCCAUGCUACUUUGUCAUACUAGAGAGCCAGGCUAGCUUGAAUAAGGAAGGUGCAGGUGAGUCGUCUUCCUCGCCGGCGAGCUGUCUGAACAAGGAGCCAGGAUGUGUCGGGUCACCUACUCUGGAGAGUGCCGGGGAGCCAACCUGCCAUUAGAUGAAGAGGAAGUGCCUUAAGCCUCACCCUCCGCCUCCUGCCUGCUCCCCCCCCUCCACUGCACCCCACUCAGAGGCCACGCAGCACAGGCAGCAGCACUGAGGAGCAGGGAUGACUAGUAAGAAGGGUCUGAGGGACUUGCUGGACCAGAGCCAGUUACACUAUGAUGCAGUACAGUCUGAAGGAGGCCCAUGCCAGGAGGAGUGAGCAUGCGGGCCUUCAAUGGCCUGCUCUUCUGGGGGCCACAGCACAGAAAGGCCAGCUGUGUGACAUGGGAACUAGUGUGAUGAAGCCCGCAGGUCAGAAAGUAAGUUUUCUUUUAGGACUUCUUUCCAGAUUUUCAAAUCAGGUGUUUGCCGAACUCAGAUCUUACUGGAUUUGCUGGCAGGGAAUGUGGGAAAGGAUACUUUACUGGAAUUCUGUCUGACAUAACAGGCAAAGUGCUCUAAGAGAAGCUGUCAAGCACACAUGUACACAACACAAUUCAGAAAUACCCAGGAGGGCUCCGGCAGGCUUAAGGAUGGCGUCCUACCAAAAUAAAACAUGUAUUAAUAAAACAAUGCUUGAGGAAGCACAGUUCUUCCUAUUUCCCACCCAACUAAAGGCACAGAUGAGACCAUUUGCAAGACAAAGGGUCUUCUCCCCAUGCUGAUCACAAUGCCAGAGUGCCAGCCAACAGUGUUUUUAUCCUGCAAAAUGCAAGAAACCAUCUCCAUGCUGUACUGUGUGUGCUGAACGGUCUGGGUCUGUGUCCCUUCCUGCUUUAAGGCUAUCUGCUCCAGCUGAUGAGAGUCUAUGAGUUUGAGCUAGUGAAACCUUGUACUCUACUGCGCCGCCAUUAAAGCAGCCUCCGUGCAUCGCCA